AUGUCGACUCAAAACCCAGAUGAUCCGCUUCCCAUCGACUCGAAACAAGUCGUCAACUCGAAAGACCCAGAGUCCACAAAGGAAGACACCGAGGACACUUCUCAGUCAGAACUCUCAGUUUCACAGUCUGAAUCCGGGACGUCAACUCUCACUCUUCCAUUUCGACCAGCCGAUCAUCACUCAACCAUGCCUGCGGUACGGAAACAAUCUGUCAAGAAACUGCCACAGGCGACCAAAGCUAGAACAUGGACUUGGCCCUCACGAAACAGGCCACGGCCAACCUUGCCUGAUGCGCAAAAAAGGGCACUGCGGGCGCAGGCCGCCCAGGAUACCCUCAAAGUGGCCCAAGAAAUCGUGGAUAGUUGCGAAGGAGGCUUCGGGAUCAGUGUUAAGAUCAGUCACGAGAAAGCCAAACGUCUCGAGCAUGAUCUCAAGCAUCCCAAGUUUCCAAAUUGGCCUACUACCCAAGCCAAGGUCGUCAACAAAGACACUCUAGAUGCCGCGCUCGCUCUCCGCAACGCAGGUGAUAUCAUGGGGAUCAAGAGCACGGCGCGUGUCUGUGUGCUAAACUUUGCCAAUGCUAUCACACCUGGAGGCGGAUGGCUGAAUGGUGCCAGUGCCCAGGAGGAACAGAUUUGCUACCGAACUACUCUGGGUUAUUCAGGUAUCUUGAAGGAGUUCUAUCCCUGGAAGCCUGACGAGGGCCUCUACACCAGCAACGUCGUGAUCUUCCGAGAGAAUGAAGAUACAGGGUACUCGUGGAUGUGGACCAAGAAGCCAGAAUGGCUUCCAAUGGUAGCCGUCAUCAGCGUGGCAGCAACGUCAGGUCCCCUCCUGGAUCGAACCAACACCAAGUACGCGAAGGAUAGUGAGCGCACUCUGAUGGAAGAAAAAAUGCGCUUUACUCUUCGCCUUGCAGCUGAUUUCAACCAUACUAGACUCGUGCUUGGAGCUUUGGGAUGUGGUGCAUUCCGUCACCCUGCUGGUGAAGUUGCAGAUUGCUGGGUCAAGGUCCUCCAGGAGAAGGAGUUCAAUGGAUGGUUUGAGUUCAUCGUGUUCGCAGUCCUUGACAAGAAAGACGGUGUCAACAUCACUACGUUCAAGAAGGCUCUGCACAACCUCGAGAUGUGA